AUGCAAGGAUUCUUUAAGUGUACUCCGGCUGCUCUCUUGGCAGGAGAUCUCAUGAAGCUUGAAGAAAGCUACAGCCGUAUGAUGCAAACAGCAGGGUCUAAUCAAGGCUCUACUGAUGGUUCUGUCUCUACAACCGAGGCCCAGUCCAUGCAGCCCCAGUCUAUUCUCAUGCCUGAAGAGGCACGUGCCUGUCAAUGGCCUCCCCCCGGAGUAACAGCAAACGACAUUGCCAAAUGGGGGUGUGACCCAGAUCAGCUCUUCCUACAUGUGGCAAGAAAUAGCUAUGAUGGGUCUAUCAAGACAUGGCAAUCAAUAUCUGAAUUUAUGCCAUUGGAAGCAUAA